AUGCGAGGGUUUGAAUAUACAAAGAAGCUGAUUUUUUCACAUAAUAAAAUACAAGAAAUGACUAAUCAAAAGUUUGGUCCCCAUGGCUUUUCACAAUACAGAACCUGUGCUGCUAACAUAUCCCCUAAAAACAUGGAAAUGAUUACAGGAAAAAUCUCACAAUCAUUAAACUUCACAACACAAAAUGACAUAUAUGAAAUUUCUUAGCUUCAUUCUCCUCCUCUACCUCUUUACCCGAACAAGUGCACAACAAUCCCCAUUCUACCAGUUCAGUUUCUGCCAGAACUCAACAAAUAAAACACCCAACACUUCAUACAAAUCAAACGUUAACAACCUUAUUUUAUGGAUAAACUCUAAUUCUGCCACAGGCACAGUAUAUAACCGCACCACCAUAGGCAGCAACAACAACCAUGAUGAUGAUGUUUACGGGUUCUACGAUUGUCGGGGUGACAUAAAAGGAAAUUUUUGUCAAUUCUGUAUCAACAUUGCUGUCAAAGAAAUAGCUCAACGUUGUCCCAACAGUGUCUCGGCUAUGAUAUGGUAUGACAUAUGCGUCGUCGGUUACUCUAACAAUAACUUCCCAGGAAAAGUUUUUUUAACCCCAUCAUGGAAUUCUACCGGACCUAAAACCAUUAAGGACUCAACAGAACUUGGGAAAGCAGAGAAUAACAUAAGGAGUUUGAUAGGAAAAGUGACUACAAAAGCCAAUCCCAAUUGGGCAAUGGGUGAGUUCAAUUGGAGUGACACUGAAAAAAGGUACGGUUGGGUGCAAUGUAAUGGAGACCUUAGUAAGAAUGGGUGCAGACAGUGUUUGGAGGCUAUGUUGGUUAAAGUUCCUCAGUGUUGUGGAACAAAGGUAGUAUGGGCAGUUGUGGCUCCUAGUUGUGGGCUGGAGAUAAGAGAUUAUAAGUUCUACCAGGUUACUGACCAAACAGGAUCGUCUUCUCCGUUGCCAAAUCCUGUUGCAGCCAAACAGGAAAGUGCAAAUGACAAAAAAACCGUGAUCAUCAGCUUAGUAAGUGUAAUGGUGGCAGUAGCUCUACUAAGUUCUUGUGUCUACUACUUCUGGAGAAGGAAUUGGUUAUGUAAAGCUUCCUUGGUAGGUGGAUUUCUGUUAAGGACCACUUCUAUAGCUUUUCAUGAUCAUGUUCAAAGAGAGGAUCCAUUCAGUGGAGACCUUCCUAUAAUCCCUUUAACUAUAAUUGAAAAGAUCACCGAUAACUUUUCACAGUCAACUAAAUUAGGAGAAGGUGGAUUUGGCCCAGUUUAUAAGGGUAUUUUACCAGAUAGCACCGAAGUUGCUGUCAAAAGGCUUGCCGAGAUGUCUGGUCAAGGUUCAGAGGAAUUCAAAAAUGAAGUAAUCUUAAUAGCUAAACUGCAACACAGAAACCUAGUGAAAAUCUUGGGUUGCUGCAUUGAUGGAAAUGAAAAAAUACUAGUAUAUGAGUACAUGCCAAAUUCAAGCCUUGACUUUCACCUUUUCAAUAAGGAAAAGCAUAAGCAACUGGAUUGGAAAUUACGACUAAGCAUUAUUAAUGGAAUCGCAAGAGGACUGCUAUACCUUCACGAGGAUUCUCGACUUACAGUAAUCCAUAGAGAUCUGAAAGCCAGCAAUGUUCUUCUGGAUGAUGAAAUGAAUCCAAAAAUAUCAGAUUUUGGAUUGGCAAGGACAUUUGAAAAAGACCAAUGUCAAACAAAAACAAAAAGAGUUAUUGGCACCUAUGGAUACAUGGCUCCAGAAUAUGCUAUGGCUGGAUUAUUUUCAGUGAAAUCUGAUGUUUUCAGCUUUGGAGUUCUUAUAUUAGAAAUCAUUUAUGGAAAACGAAAUGGUGAAUUCAUUCUUUCAGAACAUAUGCAAAGUCUUCUAUUAUAUACUUGGGGACUCUGGUGUGAAGGAAAAAGUUUAGAAUUAAUUGAUCCAUUCCACAAAAAAACAUACACUGAAAGUGAAGUCACGAAGUGUAUACACAUUGGUUUAUUGUGCGUUCAAGAAGAUGCAGCAGAUCGCCCAACCAUGUCUACCGUUGUUCGCAUGCUAGGCAGUGACACGAUGGCCCUUCCAAAACCCAAGCAACCAGCAUUUUCAGUUGGGAGAAUGUCCAAGAAUGAAGAUCCAACUUCAAAAUGUUAUAAGGAUAUUUCUGUUGAUGAAGAAACCCUAACUAUUGUUUCACGGAGGUAGUUGAUUUUAUGGUUCAGAUUGUGCCAGAUUAGAAAAUGUUUUUUUUAAGGUUUGUUUGGAUGGAGGGGGAGGACUUAUAUUUCAUUUUUGAAUUAAAGAAGCUAUAAAAUGUUUCCAAAAAUGAAUUAAGUGUAAUUGAAAUGGUUUAUGAUCAUUUAUCAUGUUAUUCUUUCAAAUUUUUUAAAAGCUCAAAUACAUACUACAAAAUAUAGUAGUCUUUGCCCUCCAAAGUCCUCCCCUCUAAAACCCAACUCUACAAACAUAUCUUUAAAGAAAGAUUUGAAGUAAAAGAUGAAGACAAACCAUUUUAAAGUUGUUGAGAAGCUACGCUAAAUUUACUUGAAGGCCGAUGAACCACUUGUUCAUUACUUGGUUGAGUUGGAAACAUAAGUUUGAUUAAUUAUUAGUUUAUCAAUGUAUUAUGCUUUAACAUAGAUGUCAUUUUUAAAUAUGGUUAUAAAAAUUGUUUUAAUACAUGUCAAAGUCUUUGAGAUAAGUCAUUGGUAAGAUUGUCUAUAAAUAGGAGUUCUGCGUAAGUAAUAAAACUCAGACUUCAACUCUCAUUUAUCUCUUUCAAACCUAACAUAUCUGUAUAUUGACUACUAACAGACUUGAGGUUACGAAUUAUGGGUAUCCAAUUACACCA